CCCCGUACCCCCUUCCUCGUCGCCGACAUGUCUCUGCUCGAUGAGCCUGUUGCACAGGAUGACCUUAUGCGCGAUAGAUCCCGUGUAUUUGAGGAGUUUCUCGACUCCGAGACCGAUUUUUACAACUACAAGACUGAUAUUGGCAACAUGCUCCGUCUCGACCAACACCGACUCGUCGUCAAUAUUGAUGAUCUGCGCGACUACAGACGCGAUUUCGCUGAUGGACUACUCAAGCAGCCCGUCGACUACCUGCCCGCUUUCGAUGAGGCCCUGCUAAACGUCGUCCAGCGCGUGCAUGACCGUGAAAAACACGAUAUUGAAAACAAGAGCUAUCGCGUCGGCUUCAGUGGUUCAUUCGGCGACCACCAUGUCAGCCCCAGAACGCUUCGGGCCUCGCAGCUGGGCAAGAUGAUCUCGCUAGAGGGCAUCGUCACUCGAUGUUCGCUUGUGCGACCCAAGAUGCUCAAGUCGGUGCACUACUGUCCAGAAACCCACCUCUUUCACGCGCGCGAAUAUCGUGACGCGACAACCUCUACCUCAAAUCAACCACCUACAUCCUCUGUCACUCCCCAAACGGACGACGAGGGACAUCCUCUCGUGACAGAGUUCGGUUUCUGCGUUUUCCGCGACCACCAGCGCAUCAGCAUCCAGGAGAUGCCUGAACGUGCCCCCGCCGGCCAGCUCCCGCGUAGCACAGACGUGAUUAUGGACGAUGACCUCGUCGACAAGUGCAAGCCGGGUGACCGCAUCCAACUGGUUGGCGUGUACCGCAGCGUCGGCGGUGGUUCGGGCGGCGCAUUCAAAUCUCUCAUCCUUGCCAAUAACAUCAACCUCCUAUCCUCAAAGAGUGGCGGCGGUAUUGCGCAGACGCCCCUCACGGACUCAGAAAUCCGCACCAUCAAUCAGCUGGCGAAACGUUCAGACAUAUUCCACUUGCUAUCCCAGUCCCUCGCACCUUCUGUCUAUGGACACAAACAAAUCAAGGAGGCAGUUGUGCUUCUGCUGCUUGGUGGAGCGGAGAAGAACCUACCUAACGGCACUCACAUCCGAGGGGACAUCAACAUGCUCAUGGUCGGGGACCCGUCAACAGCCAAAUCUCAGAUCCUCCGCUUCGUGCUCAACACGGCUCCCCUCGCAAUUGCCACGACCGGUCGGGGCAGCUCGGGUGUCGGUCUUACAGCCGCUGUCACGACUGACAAGGAGACUGGUGAACGAAGGCUCGAGGCAGGUGCCAUGGUCCUUGCCGAUCGCGGCAUCGUUUGCAUCGACGAGUUUGACAAAAUGUCGGACAUCGACCGAGUAGCCAUACACGAAGUCAUGGAGCAACAGACGGUGACCAUUGCCAAAGCCGGUAUCCACACCACGUUGAAUGCGCGCUGCAGUGUUGUGGCGGCGGCGAACCCAAUUUACGGCCAGUAUGACGUGCACAAGGACCCGCACAAGAACAUCGCUUUGCCGGACUCCCUCUUAUCUCGUUUCGAUCUGCUGUUUGUGGUUACAGACGACGUUGAUGAGACGCGCGACCGUCAAAUCGCCGACCAUGUCCUUCGCAUGCACCGGUACCUCCCCCCUGGUGUCGAGGAAGGCACCCCUAUCGCAGACAGUCUCACUCAACAACUCUCUGUCGAAAAUAGUGCGGCGCAGACUCAAGGUCAGACUGAAGAGACGGACGCAUCGCCGUUUGAAAAAUACGAUCCCCUUCUCCAUUUUGGCUUCACAGCGGAGGCACAGCGGGUUCAGCAGGAUGCUAUCGCGGGACGCACGAGGCGGAAGAAGAAGAGCGACAAGGUGGAGAUCCUCAGCAUUUCAUUCGUUAAGAAGUAUUUGCAGUACGCGAAGAGCAAGCCUGCUCCGGUCCUGACGAAGGGUGCGGCCGACCAUAUCGUCAAUGUAUAUGCGACAUUGCGCAAUGAGCAAGCCGAGGGCAACCAGAAGCGGACAUCGCCGCUCACAGCACGUACGCUCGAGACCCUCAUUCGUCUUGCCACUGCCCACGCCAAGGCGCGCUUGUCUCCCAAUGUUUCCGAGCGCGACGCCAUGGUUGCCGAGGACAUCCUCCGCUUCGCGUUGUACAAGGAGGUGCUGAAGCGCGACCGCACCACGAAGAAGAAGCGACGCCUCAAUGACGGCGGUGCGCACCGGCGGGGCAGUGACGACUCGGGCGAGGAGACGUCCGACGAGGAUGAGGAUGAGGAUGUACCUCUGCGCGUAGAACAGCAGGCAAAGGCAAAGGCGGCGACUCCUCAGCCUGCCAAGGCCGCUGGCUGGGGCGACGGUCGGGACGUCGAUAUGGACGGAGCAACUCAGGUACAGGAACCGGAGGUUACGGUGCCUGCAGGGCCUACCGACAUCCGCCCCGAAAGGUACGAGCUUUUCCGAAGCCGCCUCGCGAAGCUCUUCGCAAGCACGCUACAGGACGACGAGCACAUUGCGUUCGCGGAGCUCGUUACAGCCGUCAAUGAGGGCCUCACCAACGACACGCUCUUUGGCUCCACCGAGGCGAGCGUUGCUCUCCGCCACAUGGAAGACGCAAACGAGAUCAUGGUCAGCGACGGCGUUGUCUAUAAGAUCUAGUGCCCCGCGGCUGGGCGUUCCUUCUUUUUCUACUCUCGUGCUUUCGGCUGUCGGGUUCUUGCUGUUAUCUUCUCGCUGUGUACUGCUCGCUCCAUACUGUACUCUUUUCUCCACCCGUGUAUUUUGCAUAGAUCAACAGAAUGACAAUACCCAAGUAGGCUAUUGGGGAAAAAUACGCCUGCUACUGCUACUGCUCACAGUCGGACCUCGUCCUGACGACCUGUCCGACCUCUUCCCUCGUAAGCUCCGCAAAGCCGACAAGCUCCGCCAUGGCCGCCUCCCAUUCCUGGUCUGGCGCCGUUCCAAACGUUGCAUCCACGAUCUUCCACCACGUCUCGCCCUGCGCACCGACGACGCGUGCUGCCUGGAGGAGCGAACGCCACGGCGCUUCUGUGCGCGCAGGGGCGCGGGCGAGCGCGUGCCGGCACGUCUCUACCCAGAGCUCGCAUUCGGUGAGGAUGAUCAUACCCUCGGCGGGCGUGACGCGUGCGCGCCCGCGGUACAUGAUCGCCCGUUGGAGGAUGUGCGUCGCGAGGUGCGAGGCGAUGCGGCGGUACAGCGCGGUAACGGUCGUCUGUGGCAGUGCGCCCUGAAGGAACGUGAGCUGUGAGGAGAGGAGCGCGAUUGGCGCGAGCAGCGUCGCGGGGAGAGAGAUAUCGUCUGCAGUCUCUGUGGACGACACAGGUGUGUUUUGCCUGUGACGGAGUCAGCGACGAACGAGGGUAGUGGGUGGUGCUGGACACAAACGUUGAUCCUCCGCUCUGGAAGUGUUGCCUCAAACCAGCCUCCACUUCAUUGCAGAUGGUGUGAACGAUCAUGUCCUCCGCACGGCCAACUAGCUUGCCGUACUGCGUGACAAGCUCCUCGAAUAUUGUGCCUUCAGGUGCUUCCUCCUCAGCAGCGGCCUUCGGGUCAGGCAGGGAAGCGGUAGCCUCUGCUCGCGCGCGAAGUGCAGCUUUGUGGUUGAUCUCUGUCCAGAGUUCUAGGAAGAACUGUAUUUUGCUCAGCGGACGCGCGAGGAUGAAAAUAGCUGACCACGCACCAAGUCCUCACCCCAGGCCUCCAUAGCCGCCGCAAUGUACUUUGAGCUCACCAAGGCCUUGCAUAAGCGUUGCACUCCUUCAACGCCGCCGGUCAGUCGCCGCGAGUCACCGAGCCUACCGGCGUCGCUGCCCAGUGCGCCCGGGACAGCGCGAAUAAGGGUUGAAGAUAGUGUUUCGAACGCAUCAAGUGACGAUGAUAUACGAGCGUGGUACGACUCAAGUAAUGGAAGCUGAACCGUGAUGAGGAAGCGCGUGCGAUGGAUGAAUUGAGGGAGAGGGGAGUAGCGGUCUGCGCGGCAGUCAAAUCAAAGUACCGAGACGUGCCAUGAAACCCACCAGUGACUUGCUCAACCAAAGCCUUGACUCUGCGGGCAGAGUUAGUGGGCUUCAAUUCGCGGUCAACUGUCGGCUCCUCCUCUGCUUCCAUCGAAUCGUCUGCGAUAAGCCAAGCAUCCUGAGAGCUGAUGAUCUCCAUAUAUUGAUCCAUCGCGACUGUCAACCAACGCAUUCAGUGG